GUGAAGACGCCCGGCCCGACCGUGCUUACACCACCACAUAAUAUAUCUUCUUGUUUAAAAAUAUAUCUACGUCAAUACCAGCAUCAUACAUCACCGUGCAGUUUAUUUUUCGACAUUUUAUCGGCAAUCGGAACUGCGCGAAGCAUUGAAAAGAAUAUUUUGUGUUAAAGAAUAUUUAUGACAUUCUUUUCACUAAAGAGAUCAAAAGUUGAAGUGUUUAUUUUUACCAAAAUGUAAAUAGGUGUAUCUUUGUAUAUCUCUGACGAAACACGCAACUUAAAGUCUUAUUAAAGGUUUUAUGUUAAGUUCUUUUUUGUUGUUUUCGGUAUCUGUUCCCCUGUCGCUCAAAAUUUACGUAGUAGAUACGUAUUUUGUCUAAUGAGGUACGAAAAUAAACCACCACGCGCGCAGUUGUAUAUCUUGUACGCGAUUUAUUUUUAAUGCAACGCGCUCGCAUUGGCGUUCGCGUUCGAGUUAGCGUUCUUGACGUAUAUUUUCUGAGUGCAGCAUCGGUGCCAAAGUCGUAGGUACACAUAUCUGAAUGCGUGCUUGGCCCCCCAUCAUAAUAACAGAGAGAGAGUGAACAAUAUUUUUCAUAACCUACAACAUACUUUGCCAAUCGAAGAAACAUUUAGUGUAAAAAGUUCACUAACCUACACCUUAAAAGUUGGGGCACUUAUUCGUAUAUGUUCUGAAAUAGUUUUUUAGAAAUAGGACUGCACCAUUCUUUCAAACUCUCCCUCCAACGGAAUAUUGUUUUGAGUUGCAAAGCAUAUGCGUUAUAAUUUUUGACCAAAAUAGAAGUGAUUUUAAAAAAAAAAAAAUUCAGAAUUCAGUGAUUUUGUUUUGAUACUCGUAGUUUGAAUAUUUUUAGUGUUUUUCGUGUUGGAGUUUUUGUGGUGUGUGAGCUCAUAAACUAUAGUUGAUAAUAAUAUUUACGUCAUAUUACGUGUGAUUGAUGUUAAAAGUUUUUCAUUUUUUGACAUUCCGUUUGAACACACCAAAUAUUGUUAUAGUGUUGCCCCAAAACCAAUUAUUUCGUGUGUUGUAGAAAAGUUUAAGAAAAGUAAAAGUGUUUCAUUUUAAAAAUAUUAUGGAUACGCGAAUGGUAGUUUUGCUUUUUUGGUGCACUUACAGUCCCAAGCUUCUAAAUUCGGUUGUAUUCGAUGGAUCCAACAAAAGCAAUAGUAACAACAACGAGAUUGCAGCUGAUGAAGUAAAUUCCAUGCAUGUCGACGAAAAUAUCUGGAAUGCUAAAACCAUUCAGACAUUGAUUUUGUCAGGAACGGAUGCAGAAGUCACCACUAAAUCUUCGCCAACUCCCAAAAUAUCCUUUGAUCGAGAGGGAGAUUUCCAGCAAAUUGCAAGAAGUAAUUUAGUAAGGCAUUUAAGAGAUACACACAGCGCAGAUGAUGCUGAUGAUGAUGAUGAUGAUGGACAUCUUCGUAGACACACACUCGACGACGACGACGUAAAGGAGGGAAUUCCAUUAACUUCUCAGCAUAGCAUAAAGAUUGACGACGAUGAAAACGAUGGUGGGGAUAAAGAUGGUGAUAGCAACGGAGAUGGCGUUAGCAAUGGCGAAGGCGAUGGCGAUGGCAUUUUGAAUGAUUCGCCCAUGACCAAGUAUGGCAGUUCAUAUCCAUAUCCAACGCCACCUAGAAGACAAUCACCAGAAAAGCUUAUGUAUACAAAGGAGAUUAUGUUGAAGCAGGGCAGACUUAAGGGCAUUGUAAGGAGUAUGCAUCCACAAACUGGAUUAAGGGAUGUCGACCAAUAUCUUGGGUUACCUUAUGCAGAAGCUCCAGUGGGCAGUAGAAGAUUUAUGCCACCAGGAACACCACUUCCAUGGCAAGGAUUAAAAAUAGCCCGACAUUUGCCAUCAGUGUGUCCACAAAAAAUUCCAGACAUAUCAAACGGCAGUGUUAAAAUGUCCAAAGGACGAUAUGAACAGUUAAUACGACUCUUACCGUAUCUUAAAACUGAAAAUGAAGACUGUCUUUAUUUAAACGUUUAUGUACCAAGUGGAGAUGGAAUAGAUCACAUCCAUAAGUAUCCGGUAAUAGUUUACUUGCACGGAGAAUCUUUCGAAUGGAAUAGUGGCAAUCCUUAUGAUGGAUCUGUGCUUGCUAGCUACGGGCAAGUGAUAGUAGUGACAGUGAACUACAGACUGGGAGUAUUGGGGUUCAUGAGACCUGGAAUUAAUGACGAUACCGUAAGUAAUUUUGGCCUAUUAGACCAAAUUGCUGCAUUACAUUGGAUAAAGGAGAAUAUUGAAGUAUUUGGUGGUGAUAAAAAUAGUGUCACACUAAUGGGACACAGCACAGGAGCUGUAUGUGUUAAUUACUUGAUGGUAUCACCUGUUGCAUCCGGACUCUUUCAUCGAGCAAUUUUGAUGUCUGGUUCAGCAAUGUCCGAUUGGGCUGCUUCGAAUAAUUCACUACAAUUGACUAUGCAAAUAGCACAUAAGCUUAACUGUCCCCUAAAUGAUGGUAAUGAAGAAUUGCUGACUUGCUUGCGAUUGAAACGAUAUGAAGACAUUCAGAAAAUACCAACUGCCUUUUCUCAGUUCUCAACAUCUUUGGGUCCCAUCGUUGAUGGAAAUGUUAUUCCAAAUCAGCCGUAUAAAGAUAUGAGCCAGUAUACAGAACUAUUCAGCAGAUAUGAUUUAUUAUUUGGCAUGACAGAGGUUGAGUCCUAUCACACGUUAAAUGCACCACAACUGGAAGAUGGAAUACAGGAGCAGGAGCGAGAUAAUUUAUUGCGUUUUUACAUGCAAAGUCGUUUUGACAUUCGUCCAGACCUUGCAUUGGCUGCAACACUUAAAAAGUACACGGAUAUGUAUAACAAUCCUAUUAAAGCAUCCAGCCUGGAACACCGAGAUGUUGUGUUAGAUAUUUUAUCUGAUGCUAGAGUUGUUGGACCAUUAAUUCAGACAGGACUAUUUCAUGCGGAUGUGAAUCCGAGAAACUAUAUGUACGUGUUUGGGCACAAUAGCGCUGCUGGACCACAUUCAAACCUGCCACAUAGCAUAACUGGUGAAGAACUAGCUUUUGUAUUUGGAGCACCAUUGGCCCCAGCAGGACCCUUUCACAAUAAAUACAAUGCACAAGAGAAACUUCUUUCAGAAGCUGUGAUGUCUUAUUGGACUAAUUUUGCUAAAACCGGAAAUCCAAAGGCUCCAUGGAAGGGAACAUUUAUUAACUUGCAUGCACUGGAGUGGGAUCGAUAUGACUUGGAUUGGCCUGAAUUCAACAAAAGAAAUCAAUGUUACAUUAAUAUUGGUAUCCCUCCUUCAAUCGGCUACAAAUACCGUUACGAAUACAUGAAUUACUGGAACAAGGAACUCCCCAAUGAACUGAAUCAAAUAGGGAAUAUUCAACAGCAGCCUUAUAUUCACACAUUUUCAAAUUUACCCAAUCAAGUAUCUAGAAGUGGGACAUCGAUUUUUCCAAACGAAGUUGUUAACGGUCGUAUGAGUAAAUUUCCUCCCUCACACACCGACCACAAUACCGAUGAUCCACAGAGAACUCUAAGAUUACUCUUGCAGAAGUCACAUCCCUCAGCGAUUACAAAAGAAACUGCUGACAAUAUGUACAACGCACCACCAACCUUCGGAGUUGUAUACCGUGAAAAACAAGAUGAAGAAACCCUCACAACUACUUUAUCUACAAUCAUAUCUACACAAUCUUCUGAUGAUAAGGAAGUUGCAAAAUCAGAAAGUACAAUGCACCUCCUGAUAGGACUUAUAGCAGUUUUUAUCGUACUCAAUGUCAUCAUCUAUUCAACAUUUCUUAUUCAAAAGAAAAAAAAACACACCAUCAUGGGACGAAAACUUGGAAUUCUUUCAUACGACGGUACAACUGAUGACGAACUAAAACGUUCGAAAAAUAACGAUGGCGAAGACAGUUACGUAUUAGAUAUGGUCCGUAAAUCAAAUACCUAUGAAGCAGUCAAAACAAAUCAUUCCCCAAUAAAUGGCUUCAAAAUCACGCGCCAAUUAAGCUCUAGCACCAUGGAUGCCCACACCAAAGUUUGUGAUUGGAUGUCACAGGAAAAUGCAGCAAAAAGCAGCCCCAAAAGUUCCAAAAGAAGUUCUUCUCCCACAUUCUCGUUUCGAAGCAAAAACUUUUUUAAACGACCAGAAAAGGUUAGUGUGGCAAUCGAUGCUACUCCACAAGCCCGCAGCAACAGUGUGUUGCGCCAGGAGCCAAUCGAAGUAACCAAACUCAAAUCUGACAACCCCCGUAACUUAAUAAUAUGCCAAGAAGUAGACGUUGACACUGACCUCAUUACAGAAGACUCUAUUGAUUCGAGUUGUUUCAACACCAGCGCUAGCGCUAGUUUCUCCAUGUUAGCUCAACAAACUAACCCCGCCGCUACCAUUGACGCCACAACCGGCGACAUUAGUUCAGCCGAAGAGCAGGGGUUGCGCAUAGAUCACAAACACUCGCGUUCCGACCCAGUUGAUAUGUACUACAGUGUGCACGGCCACGACGAGAAAGUCACCAGUUUCAUUAACGAAGACAUUAAUGUUACCUGCCGUGAGCCAAACUCUGCAGAGAAGUAUCCCCUGACACAGGAACAGCAGAUAUACGCCAUUAAACGUCGUAACUUUCCCAAAGUUCUGCCCAACUAUCCGUGUGAUUCAUUUGGAAACCAAAUUGUAGCACAAACCACAGCAGCUUCUCUGGCUGCCACUGUGCCAGGAACUAAUGACCGACAAUCGAAUAACUUUAAGAGAAACUCGUUGCCGCCGAACAGUUUUACGCCCAAUCAAAUGGGUAAAAUGCCACCAAUGCCACCACCAAGAACUAUAUCCACUCUCGGUCGAAGGCCGCCAUCCUUGCGACGGCAAAGUCACAGCAUAACCACUUCGCCGGUGAUGCUAGCAAAGGAUUGCUCCGAAGAGGAGGAACCAGAAAUCACCCAAAAUACCCUCAUAGUCGGUCCGAUUAUACCAAAGAAUCUGGAAAGUAAUUAUUCCACAGUGAGUAAAAAGAAACCAAGCCAUCUUGGACUUGAGCCUGGUAGAAUCAGUAAAAAUUGCACUUCCGCAUCAGCACCGGUAACUCCAUCAUCGGUCGACCAUGCUGAUCCCUUGUCGGAGGGUAAGCUAAACGCCCAACGGCAAUCAGGAAUACGGCAAUCCGGAAUGGUGUCUUUGCCUUCGUCAUCGUCGACAUCAGUUUGCAGCACUUUCCAGCCAACAACGCAUGCAUCACAUCACACAGAGGCAACUUACACUAUCCAGCCCCGCGUCACGGAUUUGACGCCGUUGGUAAUUAAACAAAGUAUGCAAGCAAUGUCUGCAAUGGAUAAGUCAAAUAUUCCGCGGGUGCACAUGACCAGUGGUGGCUCCACUCCUCCAUCAAUUCGUAAAACUACAACACCCACAACACCCACAGCAGCAGCAGCAGCAGGUUCAGUCAGUGGAAAUUGUGGUUCUGUUGGAGGCUAUGCCUCGCGAAUACCACAGAAGAGAGGAAAUCCAACUCAUAUUCCAUCCUCAACAUCCAACAGUUCAUCAUCGUUACAGGGAACUACAGAUUUGCCCAACAACACACAGCAAGCUACACCUGCAGCAGCCACAAUCAGCGCAGCAGCUGCAAGUCUAGAAAAUUCCAAACAGCAAUCAUCAUCAUCAUCAGUGAAUUCGUCUUCAUCGUCGUCAGAUGAUACUUCAUCGAGUACGGGAACUGUCAGAACUGAACUUAAACAAAAGUAGUAAUCACAAUAACUCCGAUAACGAUUAUUGUUAUCUCUUAAUUUUCCACUUUGCUCACACAUUCGCUUCCCUUAUCGGAUCACAAAUGUCUUUAAGCAUAAAUUAACUUUUUAAAACAACAGUGCAGUCAGAAAUUGUGGGUUUUUCCUUUUGGUAAAGUUAGCAAAUUAAAAUUAUCUGGCAACUUUCUAUUCUUAUGUAAAAGUACAAAUUAAGUUAAAGUUUCUUUCAUAAUUUUUAGUAAAAUUGUUUUGAGUUUCCUUAAAUGUCAAAUAUUCUUGAUUUAGCAUCGAAAGCAAUUACAAUUUAAACAAACACUCUUAUUUCGAGCAUGAACUAUAAAUAAUUAUAAA